CAGGAAACCUGGGUUCCAUAAUGACCGGGCUUCGAGAAUCUCUCCAUUAAUCUGGCAGUGGAAAAGGACCCAGCAGCGAACAUGGACGGGCUGAAAACCUGUGUUCCUCCAGAAAGCGACAACAUCGAAGCAGAAAUCUCCUUCUCGCUGGAGGAUGAAACGUGUGAAGGUGGGGUUUUGGAAACGGAGGAGGAAGAAGAACUUGGAGAAAGCCUAAAGGAUGCCAUUAACGACCAGUCAGUAAAACCUAAAGUGAAUUACAUUAUGUCGAGUUCAUCCUUCUCCAUGCUGACCGUCCAAAGUGAGGACAGUGGAAUUAUCUGGGAGACUGUUUCAAGUAGCCGCUGUUCCACACCAUGGGCAUCAGAAAGCACAGCCUCUGAUGUUUACAGUGUGGAAAGUGCCUCUGUAAGUGCUCCACCUGGAAAGGUAAUAUUCAUAAUGGACGAACUGCCUGAGUCUCCAUCUGUGAAUGGACGUCACAGCCAUAAAAUUAGUAAAUCUGAAAAACGCCAUCAUGAGAAAACAGACCUUAAGCCAGGAGAAUUAAAGGAUGCCCUGAAGAAACCAAGAAAUAAUUCAUGUGUUUUGAGAACACAAUCGGCAAAAAGUGAACCAACUGCACCAUUCAGCACUUCAAUGGACAACGUGGCAAAAUCAAAACCGUUACAGGACUCGUAUGAAACGGAUUCUGGAUUAGUGGUGCUAGAAGAGCACAUCAGUUCAGGCAGCAUCCAAGGUGCUUCGAAAUCGACGUUUCGGGCAAAAGCCCUUCAUCAGGAAUCAGAGACAGAUCUUCAAUCGCCAAUGGAGCACAGCCCAAUAGUAUCAAAAAUAGCAGGAAGGCCCAAUAAAGAUCAAAUUGAAGUGUGUGAGGUGCUUUCCUCUGUUCAAGACAGUGUGCAACAACAUGCUCCAGUAGACUGUCAGAGGAAAUUUAAUACAAAUGCAGUGGAACGGAAUAAGCAAAACUUAAUGCUGAGAAAUCCCAGUUUGAACACUCCAUUUUCAACAGCUGAGCAACAAAUAAGUACAUCUUCAAUACAACUGAGAAAAGAGGAAGAACCAGAAGCUAAUACAAAACAUUUUUUAGAACAAAGAGUUGGUUCAUCUUUAUCAGAAGACAAAGAAUAUUCGCGAUUGUCUCCAACAAUCAGUUCAGAGCCUGUCCUGGUGUCAGAGUUAAAAGAGAGCUGCACAGGCGCAGGGAAUGUGUGUUCAGCAGUAAAACAAAUAACAACUAAUGGGACAGUUCAAGCAGGCACUGAUGAAUUGAAAACAACUGUGGAUAUUAGCUCAGAUCGGUCCUUAUCUAAAGACAAUUAUAUUUUGGACUUUAAAAGCUUAGCAUUUGACAUGGAUCUAACACCUGUUCCAUUAAAGGAUAAUCCUUAUGUGAAUGAAAGUCCAGCUGGAAAAAUAUUUGCAAAAGCAGUGCCACCUUGUUUUCCAGCGAUACAAGAAAUUGCAAAUCAGAAUCAAUCUUAUUCAAUGGCAGAUCCAAUAGAUACAUAUUCAAAUAGUUGUGGAAACAGCAGUUCAGAGUUUACUAAUCCAGUGGGAAAUCUACAGUCAGUAAUGAGUAGAGAUGUGGAUAAUUCCAUUUCAGCAGUAGAAGAUGAGGGUGUGGAAACCAUUGAUUUCAAUUUGAAAAAUUUAUCUUGCACUCCAGCUGUUGGAACAUCUGUUGAUGGAACAUCAUCUUAUUGUCAAGAAAGUCAUGAAGCCACUAUAAAUGAAAAAGUCUUUGCUUCGAGGAGACUGCCUGAACAAUCAGAAGUGAUCCAGCUGAAUGGUUCCUUACUCCAUACAACUUACAGAAUCGCCAAGGAUAAAUCUCAGUCACAGUUCAUAGAGCUUGAAAAAAUGGUUGGUGAACUAAACCAUAACGAAGACACUGAUAUUCAGAAAGCUAUUUUCAAUAUUGUGGCUGAAGGCUCUGAGAUAUUAAACAUUGUUGCUCCAGUCCAAGUUUGUUCAGUGGAUCAAGAGGCAUGUCGCAAAAUGCAGGACAACCUGAUCUACUUGCAAGCAAAUCCCAUUGAGGAACGAAAAAAUGGAUUUUCUGGAAGCUGUUUUAACAGAGUGGAAGAUGAACAGCAAUCAAGAUUAAUGGAUGCAUCAGAACACAGUGAGCUAGAGCAAAGUGCAAAUUUAUGGAGUUCCAAUCCUUUCACUGUUGGAAAGUACAAUCCUUUUACUGUGAUACAUUCCAAUCAUUCUCAUAUAAUUGGAUCCAAUCCCACACAUGAAGUUGAAUCCAAUCCCUCUGACACAAUUGGAUCCAAUUCUUCCCAUACAGUCAAAACCAAUCCCUCUGCCCCAAUUGGAUCCAAUCCUUCCCAUACAGUAAAAUCUAGUCCCUCUGACACAAUUGGAUCCAAUCCCUCCAAUGCAGUUGAAUAUAACACUUCCCAUGGGGUUACAUCCAAUCCCUCCCAUGCAGAUGGAUCUAAUCCGCCUACAGCUGAGACAUCCAAUCCUUCUAUCACUGAAUUUAAAUCCAGUUCUGUUGAACAAUCUUCUCCAGUUUGUGCAUCUACAAGUAAAGCUGGAAACGGGGAUGAUGACUAUUUUGAAAAGUAUACUUUGGUGGAUGAACAAGUCCCGGUUGAUCUGGAGAUAACAGAACUGAAAUUAGAGGAAAUAUCAGUUCCAGAGGCAGCCAACUCUUCAGUGUCAAAACAGAAAAGUACCUCAUUUUCCGAAGACACAGAGGUUUUUGAUUUUGAUGAGUUUGAUCUGUCAGGAAAUCCUGGAACAUUUGAUAGUAUGACCAGAAAGUAUGGAACACCAGAAUCUUCCGCACAAAUAUCCAUUUCUGAACGAUGCAAGGAAAGAAAGCAGGAAGAUUUCAAUAAAAAUGUUACAGAUGUACUAAAUCAGAAGGAGGCUGGUUCGUUGUUAUUUAGCACAGAUGAAGGAGUCCUGUCACGUUCCUAUAAUUUUCCCAUAUCUACCAAAUUGGUCGAUCUUGCACUUCUGGAAGAACCACCUGCAUUAGCAUUUUAUUACAAAGAUCUUUAUGAGGAGGCAAAGGGACGGAAAGGACAAAACAAUGACCAAUCGGAUGAAGAUAGCAGUAAUCCUGAACUUUCAUUCCCUUGUCAAUCAUCUGAUACAGAUGACGGAAAUGGAUUAUACUUUGAAAAGUACGUUCUGAGGGAUGACAUUCUCGAGUCUUCCAAAGAACCUCUAACACCGGGAUCACCUUAUCGGCUGGAGACAGAGUCACAAAACGUCGUAAUUGAUGCAGAAAAAGAUACAUUGUUUUCAGAAAGUGAAGACCACAUUCCGGAAAUUGAUGUGACAAAAGUUCCGACAAAAAAAUCAGAUUCUGAAAAAAUAUUAGAGGUACAGAAAGAGGGUGAAGAAAAGUCUGAGACUGGAAAGACUGUAUAUGAGGAUAGUAGCAUUUUGUCAGAGGUUCAAUCUGUAAAAUAUGAGGAAGUAUCUGAAGAACGAGGUAAGCCAAUUGAAAUAAUGGAAGAGAACAUUAAUGAAUUGAUAAGUGAAGAAGUUCAGGCCAGUCAAGCAGUACCUUUUGAAGAAACAUUACAUGUAGAUCAUAUAGAGAAGCCUGCCUCUAAUGUUGAAGAUCACUUAGCUACAAGACAGCUUGCCAGUUCUGGGGACUCUGUUGAAGAAUAUGGAAAACCUCCAAAUGAAGCAAGAUUAGAAGAUGUGAGCAAUAGGUUGGUAUCAGAAGAAAUCAAAGAUAUUCAAGAAGAUGAAUUCAUUGCAGAAACACCUGUUUAUCAGCUUAAGGCGAAAACAUUGGAGCAAGGACAAUCUGCUGAACAGGAAAGAUCUGAAUACAGACUGGAUGGUGAAUACCCUUCUGCUGAAUUAGGACAAGGAACUGAAAGUGGAGGAUCCGGAGAGUCAAUAAAAGCUGAAGAUAAGGUGCAUGAUCAAAUAAAUAACAAUGAGAUCACAUUAGAGAUGGAUAAAAUUGCUCCCCAGACUGUGAUUGAAGAAUAUGGGAAAGUAAAUCAUUCCACGGAAAUGAAACAAGAAGAUUAUGAAGGCAUUCCCAAAGGAAUCCCAGUUUUCAUUGAUCAACAAUUACCUUUAGAAUUAACAGAGGAUUUUGGAAUAAACGAUGAAGUGGAAAUGCUAGAUAUUGAAACUCAACAAGCUGUUGAAUACAUGGCAAAGGAAGAGAUUGCCCUUGAAAGUCAAAACCAAGAAAGGACAACAGAUGGAGCAAAUUCUCAAAUAAUUAAUGACCAGUCUAUACCAGGACCUGAUAAUUUUGAAGGCAUUUUGGAUCCUACUAAAGAAAUACAGGAGGAAGUUCGCUUCACUGGGGACAUUGUGCAUCCCCUUCAAAUUGAGUGUGGGCCAUCUGAAGCAGAAACAUAUGAAACACCUACUGACAUAAAAAUGCACGAGGAAGAUUCAAGGCCUAUUUCCAGUGAUUUUCAAACCGAGUAUAAGUUGGAAGUUGAGCAAGAUUCCCAUAGAACAGUUGAUAAGUCAGAAGGUGAUGAAACACAGGCUCCACAACUGCUUUAUCCACAAGACAUGGUUCCCAAUCUGGUCGAUAGUAUAGAAAUGCAUCUUCACGAAAACCCAGAAAAUUUAUUUGUGAAAGCUAUCGAAGAAUCCAGUGAUUUAUCCUUAUUAGAAAAUGUGGAGAUGACACAUCAUGAUACUGGAUUUAAAAUCUGUGACAGAGAUCUGAAUAUUGAGGAUAAAGAAUUGCAGGACCUUACCCAAGAAAAAGUGGAGGAGACACAUGUGAAGGCAGAGAUAGGAGAAGGAGAUGUAGAUGUUCUGAUUUCACUGAAACCAUCAAAAUCUACCGAUACCUUUUGUGUUACCUGUUGCCAUACAAUUUUUGCAAUUGAUAAGCUCUUUGGAGAACAUCAAGAUCAUGAUGUCAUAGCAAUAGAUACAGCUGUCCUAAAAAUAAAGGAAAAAUUGGAUGAUUAUGUUGAAGCAGCAGAAGAAAGGACAAAAAGAACUGAAGAAUUUGUGACCGAACUUGAAGAUGUUUUCAAUGCUGUUGAGGAAAACUAUACCCAGGAGGAAAAGUUUCUUGAGGACCAGCAUGAAGAGGUAAUGAAGUUGCUGCUGUCACAGUACACAGAAAUGUCCCAGGUCCUGGAGGAAGAGAAGAAGCUGAAACUAGACCAUUUGCAUGAACAGAUGGCACAUUAUCGAUGUAGCAUUGAAUCAGCAAAGGAAACUAUUGAGACAACGAAGAAGUAUUUUCAGCUCGAUGACAUGGCAUUCCUAAAGUCUUUCAGGAUGAUCAAUGACAGUGUGAUGUCUGCCUUGGAGAGUACAACUUCCAUGGAUUUAAAACCAAGUUGGUGCUCAUCUUUUGAAGAUCUCGCUGUGAAAUCUGCAAGACCUGGAUUUGAGUCACUGAAAAAUUUGCCUGUUCCUCAGUCUCCAACAGUUGUUCCUCAGGAACCAAACACAGCAACAAGUACAACAAUAACAGUCUACUGGACAGUAGGAGAGGAAGAUGUUAUUGAUUAUUUCCAAGUGUACUGUAUGGAUGAGUCAGAAGGCAACAGACAGCAAAGUGGAAGUGUAACUGAAGAAUACAAGAUGGCAGUGAAAGAAAGCUACUGUACACUGGACAAUCUGGAACCAAACCGAUGUUAUCUCGUCUGGGUGAUGGCAGUGAAUUUUGCAGGGUGCAGUUUGCCCAGUGAGAAAGUGACCGUUCGGACUGUUCCAGCAGCACCCAUUAUUAAUACUGAAGAAUGCACUGUGUGCUGGGACACUGCGACUAUCCGUUGGACCUCCACUGAUCUUGAAGCUGUGGAAUACUUUAUUCUGGAGUUCCACAGACAAAGUGAUUUUAAAAAGUCAACAUUCAGAUCAAUGGCAGGACUCAGAGUUUGUGAGCACACAGUCACACUGCAGCCAAUGGAAAACUUCCUUUUCUUUGUGAAAGCUGUAAACAAUCUUGGAACAAGUGAUACAAGCAAGCCAGCAGUAAUUUCCACUAAAAAUACUCGCUUUCGCCUGAACAAAGAAACGUUACCACCACAUUUGCAGUUGUCUGAAGACGGAACUGUAAUUCACUUUGAUGAGCUAGCUAUGGAAAAUGAAAGCCUCCUGACUGAGUACACUGCUCUUCUUGGAGAACCUUUGCCUGCACGUGGUCGACAUUAUUGGGAAGCAACAGUGAACCGCUGUGAGGCCUACAGGAUUGGAGUAGUGUAUCCGACCACCAAAAGAAGCAGUUCGCUGGGGAGAAACAGAAAAUCAUGGUUCAUACGAUAUUAUGCAACACCAAUAGGGCAUAGAUAUGAAUUUCUUCACAAUGGUGCAUCAUAUGAUGUCCUUAUCACCGAUUUCCCAGCAAGAAUUGGUGUCUUUGUGAACUGUGACAUUGGGCAAUUGUCGUUUUUCAAUGCGCAAAGUGGACAGUUACUUCAUGCCUUCCAGCACCAGUUCACUGACUUCAUCUGUCCAGCAUUUGUAGUUGAGAGGCCUGGAUUUCUGACUGUCUGCACUGGAAUUGAAUUUCCUGAGUUUGCAAAAUGCAGUUAAUACUAUUUAUAUUUGAUGUCAUUAAAGUCUUUAAUUGUCCAAGC